AUGGCUCCGAUCGACCGGUGCAUGGCCUCCGUGGCCAAGCUGUCUCUUGCGCCGACUGUUCGACCAUCGAUAUCCUCGACUAUCCCCCGGUUUCUGGCACCGUCACUCGUGCAGACCCGUCACGCGUCUGUUGUCAAAAUCGGGCGCAAGAAGCAGGUGAAAAAGGCGAAACCGCUGUCAAAGGAUUUCAAGAGGCACAAACUCGACAAGGCGGACUUUCCCCAGUUCACACUAUGCGAGGCAUUGAGGAUCCUCCGCGCCUAUGAGGUCGGCAAGCCUCCUGGCGCCGUCAAAUACGAGAUGCACGUCCACCUCAAGACGGCCCGCAACGGUCCCGUCAUCAAAUCCUCGAUCCGCCUCCCGAACCCGGUGCAGAGUGACUGGCAGAUUGCCGUCGUCUGCCCCGAGGGCAGCGACAUUGCCAACGCCGCCGUCGCGGCCGGCGCCAAGCUCGUCGGCGAGGAGACCCUCUUUCAGGCGAUCCGCGACGGCAACAUUACGUUCGACCGCCUCAUCUGCCACGAGCUGAGCGAGAAGAAGCUGCAGAAGGCGCAGCUGGGCAAGAUCCUGGGGCCCAAGGGGCUGAUGCCCAGCGCCCGGAUGAAGACCGUCGUCAAGGACGUCGCCAAGGCCAUCCGUGACAGCGCCGGCUCCUCGGACUACAGGGAGCGCGAGGGGGCCGUCCGGAUGGCGAUUGGCCAGCUGGCACACUCGCCCGAGCAGCUCAAGGCGAACAUUGAGGCGGUCAUGAAGAAGCUGAGGGCGCAGUGCGCGGAGAUCUCCGAGGAGAACCCCAAGGAGGUGCACGAGGUCAUUCUGAGCACGACCAACGGGCCGGGCAUCAGCUUGAACGGCAAGUUCAGGAACUUGACGGAGGAGAUCACGCCGCAGCAGCUGUCCGGGCCCAUGUAA